UUAUCUCUCCUCACUCACUCUCACCCUCAACCUUCCUCUCCCCUUUGCCCCAUUCUCCCGUCCCUGAACCUAUCCCUUCCGACACUCCUUACAACCUCUUCACCAACGGCUUGACAAUCGGCUUCAAGUUUCAAACUGGCAUCCUCCUCUCCUUGCUUCUAGAAGGUGACAUUUUGCUGUCUCUUGAUUAUAAUGUGAAGAAUCCUACCCCAGGUUCGAUCCGUGGCAGGAAGGCACCGCAGAAGAAAAUGGCCAAAGGCGGGAAGAAGGGAGGUAAAAUGAGGAGGAAGGUUGGGAUGGUGAACGGAAGCUUGAGUGUGGUGCGCCAGAUUCGCGCUCUUGUGGCGCACAAGUGUGUGAAGAUCCUUGUAGGCAUUCUUCGAGUUGAGAACGCUGGUAAUGGGGAGACUCAGGCCGUUGUUCUUUGAUACGCCGUGUUCUUCGAGUUCUUCGAGUUGAGAUCGCCAAAUCACAGCCAUUGUUCUUUGAUACACCGUGUCUUCUCUGGCUUCCAUCGGCCAUGGUUCCUCCUCCGCGGCUUCCAUCAGCCAUGGUUCCUCCUCCGCCUCCUUCUUCUCUGUGGAUCGCCACCUCAAAGAUUCUUGCAAAGCUCGGUAGAUUUCAUUUCCCCGAAAUCUGGUUUUCUUCUAGUUCUUGGAGUUUAACAUUGAAUCUUAAAGGUUUUUGAUUUUUUUUUAAUGUGUUUGUUUAAUGCUUUGUUUGGUUGGAGAGAAACCUGCGGAAAAGAAAAGAAAGUAAGCCUUUCCGUUUUAUUGAUUCUCCUUUUGAUUUUGUUGGAGUAAUCAACUCUCUUACUGCCAUCAAUGUUACAUUUCUCCGAUUCUUCUAGUAAAAUGUUUGAACUUUUCUAGAUUUUCUAAACUUGAAGCCAAAUUUCUUUCCUUUUUCUUUAGCUUUCUUAGCAACCAAACUGUGUAACAAAUUGGAAUUUAAGUA